UUAGUCAGUCUACGAGUGGCAGUGCUAAGGCGCAACGGUUCCAAUUUGAACAAUGGAAUCGAAAAUUCUUUUUAUUUUAAGUUUGACUUUAGUCGCCGUCGCCCAAUGCAAAUUGGUAAGGUUGUCGUGUAAACACAUACGUACUCUAGUGGAUGGCCACAAUUCCCGACGUCUCCAAAUAGCCAAAGGGUCGAUUCUAAAUCAACCCGCUGCUGCUGAAAUGAAAAUGAUGUUAUGGGAUGAAGAGUUGGCCAAAAAAGCGGAGAAAUGGGCAUUAAAAGACCAUAAUUACCACAAUCCGGACAAGACCUUACCCUCUGGCAGAUUUCUGACGGGUGAAAAUUUGUAUUGGUACUCAACAACCAAUCACAAAUACAACUUGGACCUUGAAAAGGGUCUGGCUUCCUGGUUUUCCGAACACGUCAACUUCACCUUUGGUCCUUUAACAAACGCCAUGUUCGAUCGGAACAGACCUCAUGAUAUUGGACAUUACACUCAGAUGGUGUGGGCAGAUAGCAUUUACCUAGGUUGUGCCAUGACACAAACGUUCAAAGACCAAUGGAACAAAUUCUACGUCGUGUGUAACUACGGGCCGACAGGGAAUUAUAAACGCGAAAAACCGUACCGAGUGAGUGGAGGCCCUAGUAAACAAUUAAUAUGUGGCACUAAAGACUGUUCCAGACCCUAUGGACCGAAGUGUAAAAAAUAAUUAUAAAAUACCAGUGGCAUAACUAUACUGCUCGGGGCCCGUGGCAAAUGCACUGAAUGAGCCCCUCUUCCCAAUAUAAAAAAAAAUAGUUCAGAUGAGAAUCUCAGGACUGGGGCCCCUCCCGGCUCGGGGCCCGUGGCAUUUUGGCGACUUGCCACCCUGUAGUUACGUCCCUGUCGACCACGAAAAUUGAAAUAAAUAUUUAAUGCCAAUGUAUUUAUUUAGAGUUUAAAUGUAGGAUAGGAUGUUUAGACAAGUGCAAACUAUUUAGAAAUAGUUAACUCCUUUCUAUAAAAAAAAUAAGUAGGUGACAAUUAUUUAGGUACCACUAACUUAUUUUAUUACCUACCUAUACUGAAGGCAAAUGUUUUACAACAAAACCGCUUAUCUAGACUUCCUAGCUUAUGUUAAGUCUUAUUUAUAUUUAACUGGAAGUCGAAUAAUUCGUAAUAAGUCUUGUAUUAUACCUACAGUAUAAUACAAUAAUUGGUAUUGGUAGCUGUAACUUUUUUUCGUAGACUAUCUGUUUAAACCCUUAGUUUGUGGGUUCAAUUAACGUUGACUGGUACAGAAUGCCAUAUGGCAUUGAGUUCGCCUUAUGUAGGUACCUACCACUAUU